UUAAGUAGGCUGUGGCAGAAAAAUUACUCCAGGAAGAUAUCCGAAUCAAUGCAUUAAAAACAAACGGAUGGUUUAGUCUGGCCAAUAGGCCGACAUUGUCCGAACUCCCAAUAGGAAAAAAGAAUAAUUAAAAUAAUAUAAGGGAAUGCUGUAAAUAAUAUAUAAAAUACUGUGGUCCUUUGCAAAGCGGGCAGGCCCCAAUCUCCCCAGGCAGCAAGAACAACGACGCUGCGUGCCCGAGCACCCGCUUCGCGCCCAGCUCGUGCCAUUCGAUUGUACCAACCCCGGAGCCUCGGACGGUUCUCAGCAGCUCCGCGUCCAUCCGAGCCGGGACCCAUGAGCGCCUGUCAGCGCUACUUGACGGGCUUCCCCUUCGUGGGGGAGUACACGAGCAUCGAGUUCCAGGAAGAGGUGCCCAUCUACCGCAUCUGCUCGCUGUGUGGCGCCGUGCCCUCGGAGCUCUUUCUCACCAAGUGCUCGCACUUCUUCUGCCCAAAGUGCUUCUCAAAGCUCAAGGACGAAGACGGGUUCACCUGUCCCGUGGACAACACCAAGAGCCUGCCGGACCAGGUCUACCAUGACACCACGUCCGCGAACAUCCUGCAGGGCUUCCGCGUGGCCUGCCCCAACAAGUCCAACGGCUGCGAAUACGUGGGGCCGCUAAACAACCUCAAGGAACACGUGAGCUCUUGCGGCUACCACGGCGUUCAGUGCGGCAUCUGCAUGAAGGAGCUGAAGCACCAGGACGUAGCGGCCCAUCUGAAGAUGGAGUGCCAGCGCAGCAUGCAGCCGCAGCAGGCUCCGCAGCAAGAGGCCGGAGAAGGCUCCGCCGUGGCAGUCUACCCAAGGGAGGACGGCGCCAUGUACACCGGAGCCGAAGCCUGUCAGAUCAGCGAAGUACGUGAGAAGCUGGACGACGUGUGUCGCGAGGUCAAGUCGCUCAAGGACAGUUUUGCAGAGUUCGACGUCAUCCGAAGCACGGUCAAUGCGGUCCAGGAUACGGUCAAGAUCGAGAUGAAAAAGAUGCGCGAGGAUUCUGCCAUCGCCAACAAGCGAAUUGUUACGAAGAUCGAGAAGAUCCAGAGCUAUCUGAAGGGAAGGAUCGACAGCAUCGAGGACCGCUUCCGCUCGAGCAAGUUCGUCUGGCACAUCAAGAACUUUUCCAAACUGAAGGAGCAGGUGAUGGAUGGGAAAGCCAAGUCCUUCUUCAGCGACGACUUCUACGUGGGCAUCCAGGGCUAUAAGAUGUACCUCGGCGGGCACUUCGCCGAGAAGGACGACAAGGGCAAGACGUGUCUCAGCGUGUACGUGUACAUCACCAAAGGGCCCUACGACCCCACGCUGGAAUGGCCGUACAAGAGGAGGAGCACCUUCGUCAUCGUUGACCAGAAGAGCAACACGUACCACAAGAUUGCUGAAAUUGUGCCCGAGGAGUUGGGCAUCGACCUGGAGCACUGCUUCCAGAGACCCAAGGAUGGCGAGAACGAAGGCAUCGGCUAUACGGCCAUCAUGAGUCUGGAGGACAUCGAGAACCCGGAGAACGGUUACGUAGUUCAUGACUCAUUUGUCAUCAACUUCAUCACCUGUGAGGUGUGAGCAAAUUUUCUGCAGACACCUAGUGCGAGUAACGGCGGGUCAAUUUAGAAGUAAGCUUUUAUUUGGCAUCGUUUUGUUUUUUCUGCCGCGAAGUACGUACGAUUUGAUCAUUCCUUUCUAGUUUUCUCUUUCAAAAAUUUCAACUGCUCUACUGUUUUCACUUUUUGACUCGUAAGUGUGAAGAGUUGUUCCUUUUGCG